AUGAACGUGGAAGACGCCGCCGACCAGCUUUAUCGAGGCAAGGUUAUCCUGGCACCCAUGGUCCGUGCGGGCACGCUGCCUUUCCGUGCCCUCGCCCUACGCUACGGGGCGGACACGGUAUUCACGGAGGAGGUCAUCGACCGUCGUGUCGUCAACGCCGUCAGGACGGAGAACCCGGUGCUCGGCACCGUGGACUACGUGGAGAAGAGGGGCAAGAAGGGAAUCGCGACGCCGUUCCAGACGUGUCCCGCGCUCGAGCGCGGUCGAUUGGUGUACCAGAUAGGGACGGGCGACGCCACCAACGCGCUGCGCGCGGCCCAGCACGUAGAGCGAGACGUAGCGGCCGUUGACAUCAACAUGGGAUGCCCGAAGAGGUUCUCGCUGCAGGGCGGCAUGGGAGCGGCGCUGCUCAAACAACCCCAAGUCGCGGCGGAUAUUGUGGGGACCCUGAGGAGAAACCUGUCGGUGCCCGUGAGCGUCAAGAUCCGCCUGCUGGAGACCCCCGGCGAAACGGUGGAAUUCGCGAGGAGGAUGGAGAAGGCGGGGGCUUGCGCCCUGUCCGUGCACGUUAGGAAGGUUGGAGAUACUCCAGCAUCUAAAGCCCGGUGGGAGGAGCUUCGACCUGUCGUGGACGCGGUCAAUAUCCCCGUGAUUGCCAACGGGGACGUGUACACGAGGGCGGACAUGGCGGGCAUCAAAGCCCUGAGCGGAUGCAGCUCGGUGAUGCUGGCGCGACCGGCCCUGCUGAACUGCUCCAUCUUCAAGCCCGAUGGACACGUGCUGCCGCUGAAAGAGGUGAUUCAGCAGUACCUGCGGGAGUGCUUUCGGUACGACUCAGUCUACCAGAACGCGAAGUACACCGUGAUGGAGAUGCUCACCAAGAGAAGGCAUCCGGAUCACCUCAAGGAAUCCAUCUCCCUGGGCCUGCCCGGGGGUGCUCCUGGCAUGCGCGAGGUAACGCCGGCGAAGACGUUGGGGCAGCUGGCGAGGCUUUGGGACGUGGGAGCCGACUUCGAUGCGGAAACUGUCAGACGAAGGAAGCGCGCGGAACAGCUUGGCGAGGCUACUUCGAUAGAGCAGGCAGAGCGAGGGACUGUCCACAAUCUACCCUGGCCCCGCUUUGUUCUUGGUGCUGCUGUUUCAACCCGGCAAACACCAUCAUCGUGUGCAGGUUCGACGACGCGUAUUUUCUGGGCACAGAAGAAGCGAGAACAGACAACGCUGUUGGCAGCAAGGCUCGCGACUCGUCGGACGCUCCUGACCCCGACGCUGCGCGAGGCCGGGGCGGUAGGGACCGUGAGAAUGGUGGCGGCGGAAGCGGGGGCGCCGGAGCCACCGCUAUGGCCGUGGAAAAUGGCGAUGGCAGCGGAAGCGGCGCCGUGGAAGCCACCGCUAUGGCCGUGGAAAAUGGCGGUAGUGGAAGCACAGGGGCACCCACCACCACUACCGCGGCGAUUGCCCGCUCAACCUGCGCCGGUGGCGGAGAUAACUGUGUUGGCGGGGGCCAUGGGAGUGGCGACGGAGGAGGGGCGGGCGGAGAAGGGGGAGAAGAGGCGCGCCCUCGAGGGGACGACCGAGCGGGGGUUGGCGAAGCGGGGGGGAUCGUGGCGCGAUCGGUGGUUGCUGUUGUCGCCACGGCGAGGGAAGCAAGCUGCGGUGGUGGCGGUGAUGGCGAUAGCGGUGGAGGUGCUGGGACUGGCACAGCAGUAGCAGAAGAAGGGCAGCAACCGC